AUGAUUGAGAAGGCCAAAAACAGGGAUAUGUGUGGUCUGCAAAGUUCUCCACCCUGCCCGGGAGGAUUCCUGUAUAUCCUUAAUUGUUUUCUUUUGUUGCUGCUCCAGAAGGAGGCUCUUGGCUGUCCAGCUGCUUGCCAGUUCUGUACAGGGAGACAGGUUAGCUGUCGUAAUUCAGGGCUUUCAAGCAUUCCAUGGAACUUUCCAAAAACUACAAUUCUUAUGUUUCUCAGUGGCAAUAAUAUAUCGCAUGUCACUGCAAAUGAACUAAGAGGCCUUCAGAAGCUUGCUGCGCUCCACAUGGAUAAUUCCAGCAUUUCAUAUGUGCACCCAAAAGCUUUUGUGGGACUCCCCAGACUGUGCUACUUGCAUCUAAAUAACAAUAACAUUAAACGCCUGGAUCCAGGAAUCUUUGAAGGUCUUUCCAAUCUUCAUUGUUUAUACCUUCAGAAUAAUCAAAUAGCAUUUCUUCCCAGAGGAUUAUUUAGUGAUCUCCUUUCUGUUAGAUAUUUAACACUUCAAAGAAAUCGUCUUAGUGUCCUUGGAAGUGGGACUUUUUUGGGAAUGAUACAUCUCCAGACACUUAACCUAGCCAAUAAUAAGAUUUCACGGAUAUCAGAUUCAGCAUUUUGUCAUCUUGAAAACCUUGCAUAUUUGUACCUUGAAGGUAACAACUUAACACUUGUACCAUCGAAUGCUAUUGGAAAGCUCAAAAAUCUUGAAAGACUCUCUUUGUCUCACAAUCCCAUUGGAUCAAUACAUCCUUUUGCAUUUAAAGGACUUAACAAGCUUGGAUAUCUGUCUUUAAAAAGUGUAAAGCUGAAAUGUAUUGCUGUAAAUGGAUUUUUUGGAUUAAAUAACCUUAGCCAGUUAAUCUUAAGUUACAAUGAUUUAGAAAACAUAAAUUCUAGUACUUUUACUUUUUUGAACAACUUAGCAUAUCUGCAGCUAGACAGAAAUAAAAUAACGAGUAUUGGUGAUGGUGCCUUUGAAAAAAUGGGACAGUCACUAAAAAUACUAAGUUUAGCAUUUAAUAAUAUUGCAGAAUUACGUCCUGAAGUGCUCAAGCCCUUAGUGUCUUUAACUCAUCUACAGAUAAAUUAUAAUCCUUGGAACUGCAGCUGCAAAAUGCUUGCGUUACUUAAUUGGCUAGCGUUAUCUCCUCUCUCUGUGAAAAUUCAUUGUCAGAAUCCCCCGAGUGUGCAUGGUAGACCUCUGCAUUACAUUAAGUGGACUCAGUUUGCAAACUGCAGCAGUCCUACUGCCAGCCCAGAAACAGCCUGGAGUCUAGGAUCUGUGAGUGUCCAUCACAGUGCUACCACUUUGCUGAUGGCAUGGCAUAAGGCAAACAAGCACCACACAUUUGAACAGUUCGUCAAUGCUGAAACUAAAUAUGCUGCUUUCUGGGAAGGAACUACAGCUACGCCAGCUAGCCCGUUGCACUCUGAAGAAAACGCUGCUGAAAUUUCGCCACAGGCAACUAGAGUAUUAUCAACAUUACCAGUGCAAAUACCACCACAGAUUAUACCUGCUAACAGAACCAUAGAAGAAAAAGGUUUAUUUCCCACGGAUACGGCUCCUGUAUCGUUAAAAACAUCCCUGUUUUGUACACAACAGGUUGAAAAGCUGAGUCAGGCUUUUGACAUUUUACUAGCCUUUUUCAUCCUGUCUUGUGCAGUGAUCCUGUUCUUAAUCUGUAAAAUUGUUCAGUUUAGGCAGAAGCUAAAGGUGUUGGAAAACUCAGGGGAAAAAAGAAUAGAAUAUUAUGGGUUUUAUCAACCUGGGAGAUACAACAUAACUGACCCAGUGCAGUCUCUAACUCAGAAUUCCAUGGGCCGUUCAGAACUGGACCAAAUUAGGCUGAUCAAGCGAACAACAUCUGAAAGUCAGGCACAGGUCAUAUUGUUUGAACAUUCAUCAUUGUAAUUUCUCUCACUUGAUUUGAUAUUAACAUUAUUAUGAUCUGAAAUGUCAAGAAAUCCAGAACUCAAUUUUCUAAAAUAACUUUACUCAUUAAAAUUAUCCAGUUGAUAUAAUUGUGCAGAAGAGUGUAAUUUGCAUUCUGCAUCAUCAUUUGCUUCCGAAUGCUUUUAAGUUUAUUGAUGUUUAUAAGAUGUCAUUUAAAUUUGUCUUGGGUAGGUAUAUUGUACUCUGUCUCUGUGGUAGGAAUCUUUCACCUAUAACUGAAGUAUAUCUGCAGUAUGAAGUACACAUUUUUUUAUUAUGCUGUAUUUUAUAGUAUAGAAAUUCCAUAACUAGCUUGAAGGAUCAGUUUUUAGCAGGAUCAUGGAGCCAGGAGAUCUGGGGAAAUUGAAAAAAAUGCAAUGCUUCAUUUAUUUAUUGUAAUACAAUUUCUACUCUGCCUUUAUUAAUCAUCACAGUGGAAAAAAAAAAGUGAGUAUAUUUACAUCUAGCAUGUUUGAACUCUCAAGGAAAAAAAUAAAAUUAUACAAAUUUUAUUCAUACUUAUGACAUUUUCAUAUACAAGACUGUGUGUUCAGUUUGCGUAAUGAAUGUAUUAAAAUGAAUUUGUUGUUAGUGUCUGUCAUUUUAUGACAAUAUCUGAAACUGGAGUUAACAGGGAAGCUAAGUUUCGUUUGGAUUGAAAAAAUGACCAAGUUUAUUGUCUAGGGUAACAGAGCUGGUUAGUUAUUGUCAAUAAAAGAUAUUUUGUCAUCUAUAUAGUAAUAGUUUGAGAGAGAUUUGGGGUAGAUAAAUACAAGUGAAGACAUAUACUCCACUUUAAUAAUUCUAUUAUAUAUUUGGAAGCGUGAGAUCAAAAUACAUUUUCUUAGUGAAGACCUAAUUUUAGGCUUUGUCUUCAAAAGAUGGAUAUUCUUUUACUAUAUAGUUUGCAUUUGUUUUAAGUCUUUCAAAUACUGAUGUUCCUUUUAUGUUGUUGUGAGACUGUCUAGUGUGUUGUAGCAUGAUUUUCAACCUGAAUUUCUAUAAUUUUUUUUUUUUCUCAUUGUUAAUCCAGUAAUUCAAACUGUAUUCAGGAAAAAGUCAUAAAAAAAUGUUCCAGCUAAUCCAAUCUUGUAAAAUUUUCAGCUAUCUAAAUGAGGCUUACUUUUAAGACACUGUUUGUCUUCUUGGCCCAUGCCCUAGGUACUUCAACCAUUUGGUUUGUAAGCAACACAAUUUACAGUUAGAUCAUUUUGCUCAAGGAAAUAUGGAAAACAGCAUUUUGAUAAUCUGUACUCUAUGGGGUCGAUUCAAGUUGUGUAGAAGUAUCUUCCUGUUCCAGGAUUCAGCCUGGAGACCGGUGCAUUCUCCAGUUCAGUUGAAGCUACAUUAACCAAGUUUUCAUUGCUAGAAAUGCUACUGUGUGUUUGUUAGAGAGGAGUUUUGGGAGUGAGCAAAGGUUGACACUGAACAAACCUAGUUCUGUAAGAAAUCUGACAGGGCUUUGAUUUCCUCAGCUACUCUUUACAGGAGGGUGCAAGGGGUUCUCUCUGAAGGUGUGUCUUCCACUGAAAAGGUACUGUAGGAGUUGUUUGCCAGGUAUGAGUCUCACCAUCUGUGGUGAAGGAGCAUGAAGGGAAACCCACGCUGUCAGAGCCGAUUGUGCAGACAAGGAGUUGGAGCACUUGGAAGACAUCCAUGGGAGUGGAGUCAUCCUCUAAUAUCCAGCUUGCCAACAAUUCAGAAAGGAAUUGAGAGAUUCAUUAUGCAGUUGUGGGGAAUAUAAUUUCCUUUUGUAGUUGGUGGGGUUUGUGUUAAAAUGUUCACACUGAGAAAGAGAUCCUUUCAUGCACGUGUGGUUCAUAUGCCUAAGAAUUAAAGUCAUUAGGGAAUAUAUUAGAAGACUUAGUUGAGUCUGCCCUUGUGGUUGUCAGGUUUAUGGCCAGCUGUAGGACUCCCCCUGGGAAUGCUGAUUUAGCUGCUACAUUACUGUUCUAGGGGCUGCUUAGCGCUGUGCAGUUCCUAAGGUGGAGGAGGUGGUGGGAGAAUGGGUGGCAUAACCAUGUAUGCCUGCUCAUGGUAUGUGCAAAAUAAUCUUCACUUGUCCUAGUCCACCUCUUUCCUUGGCUAAUGAGAUAAGAAUAAAUAAUUAAUCUCAAAUAUUCUGUACACCAAUAAAGAUACAAAAUUAAGCUUUUCCCUUUUUUGGUGUUUACUGCAUCAUCCUGAUGAGCAUAGAAAAGCAGAAAAGAAUUUAUCCUCUUCCGUUUAAUCUCUAAAAAAGUAUGUUCCCCCGUGCAGUAUUUUCCCUCUCUUUCUGAAAGGAAGAUGCAUAGGAGAUAUGGGGACCAUUUUAUUUAAGUGCCCCUAAAAAUUUAUUAAGCUGAUGAUAAAGCUUUAUUUACAUAUGUAUUACAUACAUAUAUAUAUUACAUAUAUGAUUGAAAUCCAAAUUCUGAAUUUUUGCAUAAAACCUCAGGAUAAGUAUGUUGAAUAGAUUAUUAGUGUAUUAGAAAUGAUAGACAGAAUGAGGAAAAAAUUAUUACUUUUUACAGAACGAAUGUGGUCUGGUUUUCCUUUGCAAAUCUUUUAUUCUUUGAACUGACAAAUUAUGCAAACUUUAAAUAAAAGGUUUGAGAUUAUUCAUGUACAAGCUACUCUGUUUGCUACAUUUUGUUUUCAUUAUAGGCAAGGUGAAUUUUAUUUAAAGACAGCAUAAAAGCUCCUUUCUGUAAUAAAAAAUAACGUUAAUAUGUGCUAAUUGCAUCUUUGAACCUGGAUUCUGGAGAGGUUUAAAUUAGUGAUGCAUUUGUAUUACCACUGAACUGUAAUUGAGGUUUCGUUUUUCCAAAGCACAAUGAGUCUAUACUAUCUUUAUUUUUCACCAGCAUGUGUCUCGUGUUCUAAAAAUAGUUGCAUUGUUUAAUGAUUCCAUAUUUGGAAAACAUUUCAGUGAGUGUUUGGUAGGAAUAAACUUCAUGUCCUAUUUAAAGGGAAGAAGAAGGGGGAGAAAGAGAAGGUGUUAUCGUUACUGAAAGCUGCAGGCAACAGUUGCUCCUUUUUUUGAAAGGCCUCUUAUAUUUUUUUAGCUUUGCUUUCUGCAAAAAAAGAAAAAUUACCAUGAAUUUUCUCUUUUGCUGAAGAAAGUAGUAAAAUAUCGUUCCUUAUUUAUACUAUAAAGUAAAAAUAUCCUCUCCAAGUAAAGAAAUCAAUGAUUUCUCUGUGUGCUUUGGAGCUAUUAAGAACAAUAUUUUGGGCCUCCAAACACUAUCCUCAAUUUCUUCUGGAAAUACUGCAGAUCCUUGGAAAGACAAGUUAUGGAAAUGAGCCACUCUGUGUGCUCCACCAAUCAAUCUGCAAGCUUGAAAAAACCCCAUAAUGUUAAUGACUGCCAUGCAUACGCUGUUUAUUGACCUGUUGGGUAAUUAAAGUAUCCUCUGUGAACAGAUUAACCCUAAUUAGCCCAGGAGAUGAUGAAAAGGCUAUGCCUUCAUUGGGUCAAACACCUUGCUGUUCCUAAUAUAAAAUUUCUGUGACACUUAGGGAUGCUUCAUGAAGCUUGGAAGGAAGAAAUAUAACUGCUAGGUAAUGGGUAGCAACCUGUAUUAUUAAUUUAAUAUUGCAGAUAUACAGGGCAUAGUUUACUUCUCCAGGGUGCAGAGUGUUCACGUUUGUUCUUGGUUGAAUGCCCCUUGUCCUCUAUUGGCGUGAAGCUGAGGGUGUCUGUUUCCUUUCUCAUGUUGGAAAAUAUUAACCAUACUAAUGGAAUUUUCAUGUAUCAAAAAAGCUAUGAGGCAAAAGGGCUUUCAUAGAAUCACCAAAUCACCAGGUUGGAAAGGACCCACUGGAUCAUCCAUUCCUAACAUUCUCUUAAACCAUGUCCCUAAGCACUCCAUCCACCCGUUGCUUAAACACCUCCAGGGAAGGUGACUCCACCACCUCCCUGGGCAGCCUCUGCCAGUGCCUGAUGACUUUCUGUGAAGAAUUUUUUUCUGAUAUCCAGCCUGAACCUCCCCUGGCAGAGCUUCAGGCCAUUUCCCCUUGUCCUGUCCCCUGUCACUUGGGAGAAGAGGCCAGCUCCCUCUUCUCCACAACCUCCUUUCAGGUAGUUGUAG